UCUGUGAUAUCUAUAACUCGGAAUGGAUCUACAAAAAGUAAUAAGAGAGAUAAGGAAAAUACACAUUGUAAACGUCAAGGUGCAUGAAUCGUUCGGUCAAGAUUGGGCGGAGUCUUCACCUUCAUGAAGAGACAGUAUAUAGACAGUUUGUCUUCCCACUCGGACUGCUGAAUUAUCUGUUUCCCUCACUGAAUAGAUUUGGGAUAAGACAAGAAAAGAUGCAGUACGACUAUGGUAAAAACAAGGAAGAACAUCCUGACCCUAUCAAAGCUGAAGUGAAAGGCAUGCUUCCUGAUUGGCUACAGGGGACGCUUAUACGCAACGGGCCUGGUCUCUUCACUCUGGGAGAGACUUCAUACAACCAUUGGUUUGACGGAAUGGCACUUUUGCAUAAUUUUACUAUUAAAAAUGGUGAGGUGAUGUACAGAAGCAGAUUUCUUCGAGGUGACACCUACAACUCCAACACACAGGCCAACAGAAUAGUGGUGUCAGAAAUGGGGACCAUGGCUUACCCAGACCCAUGCAAAAAUAUAUUCUCCAAAGUGAUCACCUUUCUGAACCACACCAUCCCAGACUUCACAGACAACUGUGCCAAUAACAUAAUCAAAUAUGGAAACGACUAUCAUGCCACAUCGGAAACCAACUAUAUUCGUAAAAUUGACCCCACAACUUUAGAGACGCAUGACAAGGUGGACUACAUGAAGCACCUACCAGUAAAUAUAGUGGCGUCCCAUACGCAUUAUGAUGAAGAGGGAAAUAGUUACAGUAUGGGAACAUCCAUUGCAGAGAAGGGCAAAACGAAAUACACAUUAUUCAAAGUUGCAGGAGGAAGUGGCUCAGCUGAGUCUCAACCCUUGAAAAACGUCGAGGUGGUCUGCACUGUGCCCUGCCGCACGCUCCUCACACCCAGCUAUUAUCACAGCUUCGGCAUGACCGACAACUACUUCAUCUUUAUUGAGCAGCCCUUGAAGCUGGACAUCCUGAAAAUGGCCACUGCCUAUAUGAGGAAGGUCAGCUGGGCCAGCUGCAUGAAAUUCCACCCCGAAGAUAAGACCCUGAUUCAUCUUAUUGACCGGAAGACAAAUAAGGAAGUUGGGAUCAAAUUCUACACUGGUGCAAUGGCUGUAUACCAUCAAGUGAAUGCGUUUGAAGAUGAUGGUCAUGUUGUGUUUGAUAUGAUCACCUAUGAUGACAACCGCUUGUAUGAUGUGUUUUACCUGGACAAGCUGAAGGAGCAGAUGACCUCUAAUACUACCUACUGCAAGCCCAAGUGCAAAAGAUUUGUGUUGCCCGUUAAUGAUAAGGGUGAGAUGGGUGAAGAUCUGGUCAAACUUAAAUAUACGACAGCAAGUGCUGUGAAGGAGAAAGAUGGAAAAAUUCUGUGUCAAGGCGAGAUUCUCUGUGAUGGUGUGGAACUCCCAAGAAUUAAUUACAAUUUCAAUGGAAAGAAGUACAGAUAUGCUUACAUGUGUUGUGUGGACACGUCACCAGUGGCCACAAAGAUUGUAAAGGUUAAUGUUGAAACGAAGCAGCAGAUUGAAUGGAAGGAAGACAACUGUGUGCUCUCAGAACCUGUUUUCGUUCCCAGGCCCAAUGCUGUUGAUGAAGAUGAUGGCGUAGUACUGUCAUCUGUCAUAAGCUCUAAACCCAGCCCAGGUAGCUUUCUUCUGGUGCUUGAUGGUAAAUCCUUCAAAGAGGUUGCCCGGGCUUAUGUAGAUGCUGAGAUUCAUAUGGACAUGCAUGGAUACUUCAUACCAGACAGCAGUUAAGGAUUUGAUGCCUAUCUGCCACCUGCACAUUCUUAAUAAAGUGAAAUGUGGAGAAUAAUUUGAUAAUGUUCAUAUUUUGUCUCGAUUGUAUCUUGUUUUCUCACUGCUGCCCAUGGCGAUGUGUUUGCAAUCCACAUACAGUUACCUGGUGUGUAUCGAAUCCUCAGAACAUAGCCUUGUAAACGAAGAAGCAUUCGCUGCAGUCUUGCUGGUGCUUCAUUCAAUGGUUUUCGAAAAAUAUUCUCAAGUGUCCUAUGAUCAGACUGCACUGUCACUAUUUUACCAUACACAUACUGAUGAAAGUAUUUGACAGCAAAAACAAUGGCCAGCCACACUUUUUCAAUUUGUGCAUAAUUUUUCUCAGUAUCUGUUAGUGCCCUUGAGCUAUAGUAUAAGUAUGAAGUGGUGGUGGUGUAGUGGUCUAAGCACAUAACUGGUAAUCUGGUAAUCAGAAGGAUGCUGGUUCAUGCCCCACAGCCACCACCAUUGUGUCAUUGAGCAAGGCACUUAACUCCAGGGGGAUUGUCCCUGUAAUAAGGACUCUGUAAGUCGCUUUGGAUAAAAGCGUCUGCCAAAUGCAUAAAUGUAAAUGUAAAUGUAUAAGGGAUGCCCUUCUUGCAUGAGCACAGCUACGAAGACAUCCUUUGAUGCAUCAGCUUGAAUUACCAACAGUUCGACAGGAUCGUAUUACUUAAGGACUGGUGCUUGAGUGAAGGCUACCUUGAGACUUUCUAAAGCCUUAUCAUGCUCAGGGCUCCACUGCCAGUCAGCUUCUUCUCUCAACAAAUACCUUAAUGGAGCAGUUAGUGUUCUUCAUUUUGGAUAUACUGAGAUAAAUACCUGGCAAUUCUCAGAAAGCGCCUUCUUGUUCUCUGGUGGUGGCAUUUUAACAAUUGCUUGAACUUUGUCUCCAUCAGGUUUUACAUGAUAUGUCCCAUAUACUUGGCAGUGUGAAUUUUGUUUUGCAACAUUGUUAUUUUAACAUUAGACUUUUUUGCUCUCUCCAUGGCUUGACAUUAAAUCUCAUCAUGCUCUUGCUCUGAUGAUGCAGCAAUGAAUGAUCAUGUCAUCAACAAUGAUAUGUACUUCCUCAAUGUCUCCAAAAAUGUCACUAUUCUUUUGUUGGAAAUCUUCACUGACUGAUUUAAUACGAAAUGGAAGCCUCAAGAAGCGAUACCUUCCCCAUGGUGUAUUGAACGUGCACAGCAUGGAUGAUGGUUUGACCAAUUUUUCUUUCCAGUGCCCAUCCUUUUCAUCUAGGAUAGUCAAGAUCGAUUUACCAGACAAUUUGCAUAUCAUAUCAUCAGGCGUACGAAUGGAGAAAUAUUGUCUUUUUAUAGCCUUGUUCAGAUCUCUUGGGUCCAAACACACUCGUAAUGCUCCGUUCUUUUUUUUUCUGUGAUCACCAGGAUGUAUCUUGCACUGGAGUUAAGACUUUAGCUCUCACUAGCUCAUUUUAAGUAUAUUUUAUCUGUCUAUUAUGGCUAGAGGAAUUUUCCUACAUCCCUGUACUGUUGGAGUUAUAUUUGAAUCAACAUGUAUGUGAUGAACACCAGGAAACUCACUUUUUUAUAUUUUCCACCAGAUGGUGCCAUUUUUCUCUCAUGUAGCCUAUGGAGCAAAUACAUGCUUUUUUCCUAUUUUCUGUAUUAUAGAGCACUGCAGGCCAAUUGAAUAAAUGAUGCAGCUAACAUUGUGUGGGUGUG